AUGAGACACAAUCUGGUGUGUCAGACACAUCCUACUGCCACUGUUCAUGUAAAAUCAAGUGCAUCCAGAUCACAUCAGCAAAAAAACCUUAUUAGACUAAAGCGGCCUACUUUUAAAGACCAUGACGAAAGUUGUGGGAAAAAAGUUCCUAGUCAUAAAUAUAAAUGUCCCAAGGGACCAUGUCUAAUUAUUCAGCGUCAGGAAAUGACAGCUUUCUUCAAAUUAUUUGAUGAUGAUCUAAUCCAAGACUUUCUUUGGAUGGACUGCUGCUGUAAAAUUGCAGACAAGUAUCUCUUGGCAAUGACUUUCGUUUAUUUCAAGAGGGCUAACUUCACAAUAAACGAGCACACCAGAAUGAAUUUCUUUGUCGCUCUGUAUCUGGCAAACACAGUUGAAGAAGACGAUGAAGAAUCAAAGUAUGAGAUUUUCCCAUGGGCUUUGGGAAAAGCCUGGAGACAGCUCUUUCCUGAUUUCCUAAAGUUAAGAGAUCAGCUGUGGAGCAGAAUUGACUACAGGGCUAUCGUAAGCAGACGCUGCUGUGAAGAGGUGAUAGCUAUUGCUCCAACACACUAUGUAUGGCAGCGAGAACGUUCUAUGAACCACAGCGGAGCUGUGAGAAACUACGAUAAAGUACAGCUGCCCCGAGGACCGAGUGCUACUCCUGCAGACUGCCUGCUUUGUGGUAAGAAAGGAAGAUUUGUACGACUCGGAUUAUCAUCAUCUUCCUCCUCAUCUACUGGCACUUUGGAGAUGAUGGAAUUACAUUCAUCCCAGAAAUUGAACGACACCUUUCCAACUGAAAAAAUGCUCGUAGAGUCUCCUUUUUAUGAUGCCCAAGACUGUCAGAGCCCAUCCAGCAAAAGGAGACCAGACAGCACCUUGUACCGAGACAAAUCCAUGGACUGGUUUACAAGCAAUGAAGAAUGA